AACGUCCGACGCCAAGAACUCACAUCAGUAUCAAACAGAUCAGUGCCGUGCCUUUUUGUUGUGAAUCAAAUUUAUAUAUAUUUUGUAAAGUACAACAGCAGGAGCUGUACGAAGCCUAACCAUGAUGGGAAUGAUGGGAAAUCAGUUCAUAUUUUCACGGGAGCGCAGCCGCUUCGGGCGGCAGUGCUUGUUCACCGAUCGCAACGAGCUGCUGCUGAGCGUGCACCCAAGUGGACGCCUCCGCCUGAAGUACGUGCUGGGAAACCCAUGCAACACGAAGACUCAGUUGGCCAAGCAGAUGGCCUUGAGCACUGCGCUAACAGAGAACGUGUCCUUGGACCAUCACGGCAUGUACCACUACGAGGGCGGCUGGAAUGUGAAGGAGGUGAAUAUACUGGACGAAGAGUCCACGCUGCGGUACCGCAAGAAGGUGGAGCGCGACGACGACUGGGGCGUCGAGGUGGGCCACUUGCUGCGGGAUUGCAUGUCGAUGAGCUCACAAAACAACGCCAUAAACAUAUAUCAAGACUUCUUCGCUGACCUGGACGAGGACCUGGGCAGUGGCAUCAAGAUGAAGAUCGCGGCCCGCGGCAUUAACAUCUUCCACGACUUGUGGCUUCCGCAAAGAAAACUGACCAUGUGCGAUUGGAUGCCCAACAACCCCAAACAGUUCUUGGCCACAUUUAACAACCGCAAGCGCCCAUUGAAGCCGAGCCUGGAACCAAUCAACCUGUUACUUGACUUUGGCAACGAGAACGCCUUAUAUCUAUGGGAUAUCAGAGAUCCGACGCGACCGGUUGCCUACUUUGACACCAAGGAGAUUGUGUCACUGGCCAAGCUGUGCCCCAAGGACGAUACCUUCAUGGCUGGAGGCUUGUAUUCGGGCAAGGUGUGCCUCUGGAAUGUCGCAGAGUUCGGCCCGGCCAAGCAGAUGUGUCCGCUGGAGGCGGCUCACAGGGAGGUCACCUCGGCACUGUGCUGGGUGCACUCCAAGUCCAACACGGAGUUCUACUCGGGCUCCCUCGACGGCUCCAUUAAAUACUGGGACACACGCGACAUGAUGAUGUCCAUACAGGAUCUGCUGCUCGAACCAAACACGAAGGACAUCCAGAAGCGGGCCGAUUCGCACGGUGUGACUGUCUUGGAGUUUGAGUACACCAUUCCGGUGCGCUACAUCAUGGGCAGCGAUAUGGGUUGCAUUUUUGUGGGCAAUCGCAAGGCCGUGACUCCGUCGGAUACAAUCCUCGGCCAUUUCCAGCUGUUUGCCGGCCCCGUUCGCAGCAUCGUGCGCAAUCCGUUCUUCGUGAAGAACUUCCUGUGCGUGGCCGACUGGCGAUGGCGCAUCUGGUCCGAGGAGAUCAAGCACUGCCCCAGCACCCUGUACUUCAAGAAGCGGAAUCAACUCACCUGUGGCACCUGGAGCACGGGCCGCUGCUCGCUGUUCGUUACCGGCGACGACAAGGGCACUCUGGACUUUUGGGACCUGCUCAUGAGCCAUCGCACACCCAUUCUGUCUGUUAAGUUCAAUCAGAGGAUUACACACGUGGCUUUUCGCCCAGAUGGCCUACUGCUCACCGUGAGCCUGGCUGGCGGUAACACAAUGAUGCUCCUCGUCGAGGAUGCCAUGAGGACGGCCACCGGAAAGGAAAAGGCUCUCAUGGCAGCGCUUUUCGAGCGGGAGAUCUUACGCGGCAAGCUUCUGGAACAGCGCGAGGAGGAAAUGAAGCUGAAGAAGCGGACCAGCAAACUGUUGGUGGAGGAGGAAAUUCGAUCUAAAGAGAAUGCCCCCAAGCCCAUUAUAAAGUUUGAUAUUAAUAGUCCCGAGCUAUUCGUCAAACUCAUUGAAGAAGACCAAGAGUUUAGCAAAUCCCUGUUGGAAUUCAACGAAUCAAUUGACCUCGUCGCUAUUAAGCGCUCCAAAAGAGUUUUUCCCAUUGAGCGCACAGUCUUUGAGCUGGAACCGGAUUCUCAAGACCCCGACCCAGCCACUGAAUAGUUAUUUUUUGUUUUGAUCUUGUCUUGUCAUUUUUAAAUAUGUGCUAUAGUUUAUGUGUCUGUAUACUUUUGCAUCUUUAUACCUUGCAAAAUAAUUUUGCAUGAAGUUUAA